AUGCUUCUCCCAACGAACAACGAAGAAUGGGGAGUUCUGAUCUCCGGUAUCAAAGACCAGCUCCCAGAUGGGUACCCCAUAUACCAGACCCCGCUCCCCUCGGCGGUGCACCGGACCAUCGACCACACCUUGCUAUCUUUGGAUGCCACGGAGGAGCAGAUUGAUAAGCUCUGCGCUGAAGCUAUGGAGCACAAGUUCGCCUCUGUCUGCGUUCGCCUGCGGCACGUCAACCGAGCCAUCUCCAAUCUCCGGGGCUUCCCAGAGGGCGCCGUGGCGUGCGUGGUGGGGUUUCCUGAAGGCACGCACGAUACAACGGAGAAAGAGAAGGAGGCACUUGAUGCCGUCGAACUGGGAGCCAGCGAGCUGGACAUGGUGCUCAAUUACCUCCUGUUGAGGGAAAAGAAGUACAUGGAUGUCUACGUGGAUAUCCUGGAGGUGCGCAAGGUGGCGCCCUCACCGGUCAAGCUGAAGGUCAUCCUGGAAACGUCGCAGUUGACCCGUGACGAGAUCAUUGCCGCUACGGUUCUGGCGAUCAUGGCCGGGGCCGACUUUGUUAAGACCAGCACGGGAUUCAAGGGGGCCGGGGCUACGGUUGAAAAUGUGGCUCUCAUGCGAGCCACAGCUCAGUUGGUCGGGAAGGGAACCAAGGUCAAAGCCAGUGGAGGAGUGCGCUUGGCGGAGGACUGUGUCAAGAUGUUAAAAGCAGGCGCAGAUCGCAUUGGCACCAGUUCGGGGGUAGCUAUCGUGCAGCAGUUGAAAGGACUGCAAAUUGAAGGGCGGGCCUCUGCAAGUUACUAG